UUACAAUGGCUGUAUUUUCUACCUGUACUAAAUGAGUUGGAUGCAGACCUAAUCUGGGCAAAUAGAUUGAAAUCCUCUAAGAAAAACUCCCAUUGCCUUCUACAGACCUUGGAUCAGGCCUCACAGCAACUCACCACUGCAGAAGACCAAGCUCAGAGCAAAUCAUGGCGGAAGAUCAAAAAUAUGGUGCAGUGGUCCCCCUUUGUUAUGUCCUUCAAGAAGAAGUACCCUUGGAUCCAACUGGCGGGUCAUGCAGGAAGCUUCAAAGCAGCAGCCAAUGGCAGGAUACUGAAGAAGCACUGCGAAUCCGAGCAGCGCUGCUUGGACCGCUUGAUGAAUGAUGUCCUGAAGCCCUUUGUUCCUGCUUAUCAUGGGGACGUAAUGAAGGAUGGGGAGCGGUACAAUCAGAUGGAUGACCUGCUGGCUGAGUUUGACUCCCCCUGUGUUAUGGACUGCAAGAUGGGAGUCAGAACGUACUUGGAAGAGGAACUAACAAAAGCUCGGAAGAAACCAAACCUGCGGAAGGACAUGUAUAUGAAGAUGACUGAAGUAGAUCCAGAUGCUCCAACCGAGGAGGAGAAUGCCCAGCGAGCAGUAACCAAACCCCGAUACAUGCAGUGGAGAGAGACCAUCAGUUCUACAGCAACGCUGGGAUUCAGAAUCGAGGGGAUCAAGAAUGAAGAUGGCACUGUAAACAGGGACUUCAAGAAGACGAAGACAAAGGAACAAGUCACAGAGGCCUUCAGAGAGUUCAUUAAAGGGAACCGUAACAUUCUGAACAGUUACCUUAAUCGGUUGAAGAGGAUUCGUGCCACCCUGGAGAUGUCACCGUUCUUUAAAUGCCAUGAGGUCAUUGGGAGCUCCCUGCUCUUCAUUCAUGAUAAAAAAGAACAGGCCAAAGUCUGGAUGAUCGACUUUGGGAAAACCACACCACUGCCAGAGGGACAAGUCCUCCAGCACAAUGUGCCCUGGGUAGAAGGGAACAGAGAGGAUGGCUACCUCUGGGGACUGGACAACCUCAUUCAGAUCCUGACAGAAUUGUCACAAAGAGCAGCUUCUAGCACUCUUCAGCAGGGGCAGCUGGCCCACCCUGGGCCUGAAGGGCCAAGACAGCAGUGAGGGAGUGUGAAAGUGGUGGUAGGAAACCACAGAGACACUUAAAGCCUUCAAUGCUGAUUGCUCUUUCUGACUAGCACUCAAGCGGGCUCUCCUCCAUGGCAUGAAAGGUUAACAUUGCCAGGAUGCCCCUUUUCUCUCCUCCCCACCUUGACGCCCCCUAAAAUCUGGUUCAGUCAAAAUGUGAUGUGUAGACUGUCUCCGUGAUUUACUUUAUUGCAGGCUUCUUGUUACAAACCUUUUAAAAUUUACCAAGUGCCAGGCAGCAGAGUUGUAUGUUCCUGUAGGUCAAACCCUGCCUGUGUCUUCAAAAGAGAAUUGCAUUGUCAGGUCUUGAGGGGGCUUUUCAAUACGCACACAUGUGAUCCUUGAGGUGGUGUGGGUGUGACCUAAUGCCUACAGGCUCAUACCAGGGGAGAAAGAGGGCAGUCGAUCAGCUCUCAAGAUGAUCACAUCAGCCUGAUAUGGCAAAAUGUAAGGAUGGUAAGGCAUUCCUUUCGUGCCACAGCUCACUAAAUCUGGUGGUGGUCUUCAGCUUUUUUUUCAGUUUGCUCUGUCUGAACUGGAUAGCAUACAUGGCCUCUGCUUCAAGUCUUGUGAAAACAACCAGCCCUCCUAUUUAGGGUGGAGGCUAUUUUUUAAUUUCCUGGAACAUUUGAACUAAGCAGACUGCUUGUAUUGGAGCCGGUUUGCUAAAGGUCAAGUACUGGCAGAAUGGCAGGGAGGGGAGCGUUGCUGGUGUGUUCUGAUCAUCGGAGGGAGCUUGGAGGUCUCUGGGAUUUAGGACAGAAGGAUGGCAUUGAGUUUAGGUUAUGAACAGUCCUGAAGGCUGUUGUCCACGAGUAAGAGCAGCUUCCGACAGAAGCUCUGAAUCCCUCACUCACCUGACUCCAAAAGGUCAUUGCCUCAUCUCUUUCCCCAGUGGCAGCGCUAGAGACUGUCUGCCGUGGUCAAAUGGGUGCAGCUUCCUAUGUCAGGGAGGUUCUCACUGCAACGAUAAUGCAGGAGCGAUUUAGCCAUCAGUUGUUCUGCAGUUGAACACAAGCGUCUUUCAUGAAGAUUAAAAUCUCCUAAGACUUUCUUGGUUCAUAUCUCACCAGGCACAUGUCUGUAGUUCUUUUGAUACAGUUGUAAAUGGUUGCACUGUUUAGCUUUGCCCAGUCUUCCUAGGCUGCUUAGAAUAGCCCAUAUGGAAGUGCCUUACAGACUCGCCUCUGUUCCAUUAGUGUCAUGGAAAAGUUUUUUUUUUAAGUUAUAUUUAUUUUCAUUCCUUUUUUAAUUGCACAAAACACUAAGACUUAAUGCAUGGAAACUUUUUUUAAAUGUAUUUUUAGUUUUAAAAACAUCCUUUUCCAGCUUUGGGGAAAAGACCCGAGUGGCAGCAUAGAUCCGUGCCAGUUUAUAGCUGUAUUUUUAGCUUUGAGUUGCUCCUAUAUGUGUAUUAUUAUUUUUUUAAGUCUGUUUAUAAACCUUGCUUUGCGGCUUCGAAAGAAGCAGAUUGUUUUCCUGGAUGUCUUAUGCCUUUCUGGAGGCUGGAACUGUAGCUGUGAGAUAUUCUCCUCCCCACCCCCAACUCUCACCUCUCCUUCGGUCAUUGGGUGAUAUAGGGAAAAUCUGAACUGGUCUGAAACACCAACGCACAGUGCCUGUAAAAAUCCUGUACCAUUCAAAAUAAAGGCAUAUGAAAACUGUC